GUCGCUUAUAAAUUCAUUUGUAGAGCAAGUUAAUUGAGUCCCUGUCAACAAAAGGUGUUCGUCGAUCGGCUAAGUCUGUAGAACAAGAAAGUAUCCUUAGAACCUGAAAUAGAAAUGGAUGACAUUAGUAUCUUCAUACAAGAUGCUAUACGAUUUCCUCAAAUACCAAAAAUUCCACUAUUCAUGAGACUUGAGGAUCGGAACAACGAUGAUUAUGGUCCUAAAGUUGUUUCGUUGGGGCCUUACCACCGUGGAAAGCCGAAGCUCAAGUUUGUCGAGGAUUCCAAGCCUGUGGCUUUACAAUUGUUUAUUCAUGGCAGUGGUAAAGACCAAGAUUUCUUCCUCAAAAAAAUUCUCGAGGAGAUCGAAGAUGCUAAAAGUUUUACUACGACAUGGAAGAUACAUGUAUUGACGACAAUGCUUUUGCUCAAAUGAUGCUUCUUGAUGCAUGUUUCGUUCUAAAUUUUAUCGAGUUCAUAACCCAGAGGUCGCACAAUAAUUACUAUAAAGGUGACACUUUUUUUUGGCAUCUUGGUUAUGGAGUUCUUUCUCUUGUUCGACGUGAUAUGUUUUUGCUUGAAAAUCAGGUUCCUUUUGGGAUUCUCAAACUCUUGUUUAAUUUGAGAUAUGGUGGAUGUGGAUUUGAAGAGAUGUUGAAAAGCUAUUCUUGUCUAAUUUUUUUCGGCCAACUAGAUUCCAGAAAUAAUGUGUUGAUGGAGCCACAACCCUCUCACCUUUUGGAAUUUCUUCGAAGAGCGCUUGUCAGUGGUAGCGAUCAACGUCUUAAACAAUCCCACCGUUGUUUCAAGAAUAAUAGUAGUAGUAAUGAAAACAGACCGACAAUUACAUGUCCCGUGGUGUUCCGUCCAAUGAUGGAACUUAUAUCAAAAUGCAUUGAUCGAUGUAACAAGAAAGAAGGCAACCCGAUGGUAACAGAAUCAUCCGAUAUGUUUCAUUCAGUAAUGGAUCUGAAAUCAAAGGGUGUUCGUUUUAUGCCAAGCGGGUUCGGUUCUUUUAAGGCUGUAAGGUUUACGUCUCAUUGUUACUAUGCGACACUCUCACUUCCAUGUUGGUAUGUAUCUGAGUAUACUAGAGUAUUUUUCCGGAACAUGAUAGCUUAUGAGAGCUGUCCAGGUAAUCCUUGUGAUUGCUCUGUGUCUGCUUACAUAUAUUUCAUGAAAACACUUGUGCUUUCACCGAAUGAUGCGAAAGAGCUACGAGAAAACAAGAUUAUAUUCAACCAUCUGGGAAGUGACGAAGAAGUGGUACAAGUCUUUAGAGCAUUGAAAACUUAUGUACAUGUGGUAAGUAAUUACAAGGAUGUCAAAGAGCAAAUCGGAGAGCACUGUAACAGAAAGUCGCAGACUUGGAUUGCUCAACUGUUAGAUACCUAUUUUACAAGUCCCUGGUCUCUACUCGCUUUGUUUGCUGCUACUGCCCUCCUUUUCUUUACUUUACUUCAGACCUACUAUGCAUCUCCAUUUAAUUCUCACGCGAAAGGAUCUUGAUUUUACUUUAUUUGUCUAGUUCUGUAUCGUAGUUAUAUGUUGAGUGAAAUCAUGAAUCAAUCCUUCCAUAUAUAGAUUUUCUAUAUCGCUUUAGUUGCAUUUUUAUAUGAUUUUUGACAAUUUUAAAAUUUCAUCAAUAUUAUCCUUUUGAAGUUCA